AUGAAGUACUUCUCUACCCGGUCUGGCUGCGAUGCGGUGUCGUUUGAACAUGCGGUAAUUGCGGGCUUAGCGCCUGACGGAGGCCUGUAUAUUCCGUCCGAGAGCAUCCAGGCUCCCAGCGAUUUUCUGACCGCCUGGAAGGAUUUGACCUUCCAGCAGCUUGCAGCGGAAAUCUUCUCAUUGUACAUCCCCGAGUCCGAGGUGCCACGUGCUGAUCUCGAGGACCUAAUUGCCAAGUCCUACUCUACUUUCAAGGUGCCCGAGGUUACUCCUGUUCGUGCUCUCAAUGCCGACAAGAACCAGUACCUGCUGGAGUUGUUCCAUGGGCCCACGUACGCAUUCAAGGAUGUCGCUUUGCAGUUUGUUGGCAACCUGUUUGAGUAUUUCCUGACCCGCCGCAAUGUCGGUAAAGCGGCUGAUGCCUUGGACCGCGAGAAGAUCACCGUUAUCGGGGCCACCUCUGGCGAUACCGGCUCCGCAGCUAUCUACGGCUUAAGAAACAAGAAGGAUGUCUCUGUUUUUAUUCUUUAUCCCGAGGGCCGUGUUUCGCCCAUUCAGGAGCAGCAAAUGACUACUGUUCUGGACCCGAACGUUCACACCAUCACCGUGCCUGGCACCUUCGAUGACUGUCAGGACCUGGUCAAGCAGAUGUUUGCCGACAAGGAGUUCAACAGCAAGUACCACGUAGGUGCUGUCAAUUCCAUCAACUGGGCCCGCAUUCUUGCCCAAAUCACCUACUACUUUGCCAGCUACUUCCAGUUCGCCAAGACCAAGGGUUCUGACGUCAAGGUGAAAUACGUUGUCCCCACCGGCAACUUUGGUGACAUUCUUGCUGGCUUUUACGCUGAAAAGCUUGGUCUUCCUAUUGAGCUUACUGUUGCUACUAAUGCAAACGACAUUCUCUACCGUUUCUUCAAGUCCGGUGCCUACACUAAAGAGAAUGAAGUGCACGCUACUUUGUCUCCUGCUAUGGACAUUAUCGUGUCUAGCAAUUUUGAGCGCUUCUUGUGGCAUGCUGCGCGCAGCACAGUUGCCAAGUCAGACACCGAGGCGGGAAGUUUGGUCAAACAGUGGAUGGAUGAGCUCAAAGCCACAGGCUCUUUCCGAGUUCCCUCUGAGGUUCACAAGCUUGCCUCUUCUACUUUCGGUGCUCAGCAUACCAACGACAAGACUACAAAGACCACAAUCGCCAAAGUCUACAACGAGUACUGCCCCAAUUACGUCCUGGAUCCCCACACCGCGGUGGGCGUCAAUGCUGCCUGGCUUGAACAGGAGGCAGACGCCGACAAACACAAGGUCUACGUUACUUUGAGUACUGCACACCCGGCUAAGUUCUCUGAGGCCGUCAACGAGGCUCUUGUCGGCGUCAAGGGCUAUUCCUUUGAGAACGACGUCUUGCCCGACGAGUUCAAGGUCAUGAUGCAGGCCAAAACCAAAAAGAUCAAGGCCAACUCGAGCGAAAAGGCCGAGAUCCAGCAGAUUGUUGUCUCUGAACUUGCAAAAGAGCAGCAGCUUUAA